AUGGUGCUGACCAGAGCAGACGCCAUCAAUAAGAAGAUCGCGAGUACAAAUAAGAUCCUCGCUACAAUAACAACGGGCGUCGUAUUCCUGCUGUUCCCCAUAGUUAUAAAAAUAGUAGAUCCUGUACCUUCAAUUGUAAAUUAUUUACUUCGAGUAGCCAACGGCAGCAUAGUAUAUGAGCUGGUGCAGGAUGAGAUGCCGGUAGCAGAGCUCUCCAUCUACUUGUACAACUUCACCAAUGCUGACAGGUUCCUCUCUGGAGAAGACGAUAAACUCAAGGUUGAAGAGGUUGGACCGUUCGUGUACCAAGAAUAUCGCUGGUACGUGGAUGUGGUGUUGAGUGAGGAUGGCAAGGAGUUGGGAAUGACCCCUAGAGUCAGAGUAGAGUUCGUCCGCGAGGCUUCCAUAGCCCACCCCAAGGAUGUCAUGCUCACUGUACCUAAUCUACCAUUUCUAAGUGGAGCAUCAGUUAUUUCCAAUUAUCCAAGUUUCAUCCGCACUGCCUUCAACAUGGUGGUGGGUCCGUUGGGAGAGAAACCCUUUAUGCAGUUGGACGGCGACAGUUAUCUGAAUGGUUUUGAAAGCCGGGUCCUACAGAUCUGUAACAGUUUAGCUCCUGGAUUGAUGUAUUUUGAUGAUUUUGGACUUCUUAAAAGGCUUUACGAAAAUGAGUCAGAAUACAGAUUAGUGGUGGGAGCUACCAAUGAGGAUAGAUUCAAGAUCAAAUCUGUGAAGAAGUUCAGACACAUUGAGCUGGGGACCAUCAAAGACGUUGAUGUAAGUGAGCAAACAUUUGAAAAGGACACGUACGAGGGAGCACUGUACCCACCCAUGUUGACUCCAGAUGUGCCCAUCAACUGGUACCGGCUGGGCAUCUGCAAGACCUUCAACCUUCAGUACUUGGAGACCAGGAACAUGCACUAUGGUGGCCAGGCCUUUAUUUACACCAUCAGUAAUGAGACGUUCGGCGCCAAUGUCAACCCCCUUAGCAAAAAACCUUAUCCUAGAGGAGUUUUGGAUAUUUCUGAGUGUGCUUUUGGUCUACCAUUUGUGAUAUCUAAAUCACAUUUCCUGGACAGUGACCCCAAGCUGUACGAACGGAUUGAGGGAAUCAAACCAAACAGAGAUCUAGACGACACUACAAUUAUCAUUGACAAAAAGGUGGGCGUAAUGUACAACACGAAGAUGUCCAUCCAGCUGACGUUGAUGGUGGGUGACCUCGACUUCAACUGGCAGACCAGGAUGCUGUCGCAUGCCGUGGUGCCUGUCACCCGUAUGGAAGUAAACCAGCCAAAGCUAACAGAAUGGACGCUCAGCAAGUUGGUGCUGGUCUACCAGCUGGCUCCUUACAUCGUGUUGGCUCUUCAGAUACUAUCAGCUCUGGUAGGCACACUCCUGGUCACGUAUGCAGCGCGACUUCAGUACCUCAACUGGAUGUCAAAAACCAGGACUAUAGUAUUCGAAACAGUUGAUAUCCAAGCGAAACUAAAAGCAGAACUUCCACUUAUACCAAAAUAA